AUGGAAUGUAUCUCUACAGCUAAGUUCUCUUUAUCGAUUAAUGGUUCGUUACAUGGAUACUUUAAGGGAGCUAGAGGAUUGAGGCAAGGAGAUUCAUUGUCUCCUUAUUUGUUUGUGCUUGGAAUGGAAUAUCUAUCCAGGAAACUCAAAACCCUCAGUACUAAAAAUAUGUUCAAGUAUCAUCCAAAAUGUGUUAGGAUGGGGAUUACACACUUGAUUUUCGCUGAUGAUUUGUUACUCUUCUGUAGAGCUGACAUGGAUUCAAUUGCUAAAAUAAAAAACUAUCUACAGGAAUUCAGUAGAGUUUCUGGGUUGGAGGCUAACUCUUGCAAAAGCUCUGUUCUCUUGAGUGGGGUUGAAGAUAAUACAAAGGCACAAAUAUGUUCAUACUUAAACUUCCCUGAGGGUUCUUUGCCUAUGAGAUAUUUAGGAUCACCCUUAGUUUCAAAAAGGCUUUCUUUUCUGGACUGUUCAUCUCUGAUCUCAAAAAUAUCAGACCAACUUCAAAACUGGCAAUGCAGGAAAAAAUUAUCUUAUGCUGGGAGAAUCCAACUAAUUAAGACUGUUAUAUUGGGGAUUCAAAUACAUUGGACAAGUAAUUAUAUUUUGCCAAUUAAGGUGCUGGAGAAAAUUGAUAUGUUAUGUUCUGCUUUCUUGUGUGGGAGCAAAAUCCACCUUGUCUCCUGGGCAGAGGUUUGUAACGCUAAAAAGUUAGGAGGAUUGGGUCUAUACUCUGCUAAAAUGUGGAAUUAUGCUGCUGCUAUCAAAAUGAUAUGGAUGAUUCACUCUAAAAAGGAUCUCUUGUCGAUAAAAUGGGUACAUGGACAUUACUUAAAGCAUCAGGAUAUCUGGCAAGUGCAACCAAAGAGAAAUGAUUCUUGGAUGUGGAGACAAGUUCUAAAGGUGAGGGAAAUGGCAAUAAGCAGAUUUGGGAAUGUGAACAAUCUUUUUAGAAUCAUUGCUAACUGUCACAAUAAUGGUAGAAUGAAAAUUUCAUUAGUCUACAAUGCUAUUUCUCAAUUCAUAGUUUUUACUCCCUGGGUGAAUAUAGUGUGGGGAGGCUUACAUUACCCCAAGCAUUCAGCAAUCUUAUGGCUUGCAGUCCUAUCGAGGCUUCUGACCAAAGACUGGUUGUGUAGUAUGGGUAUGUUAGACAUUAAUCAAUGUAUUCUAUGUGCUGAUAUUGGUAAUCAUCUAGAGUCCAGAAAUCACUUGUUUUUUUAUUACCGAUACUCUUCUUAUGUCUGGAACAAACUGAUGGCAUGGUUAGAGCUUUCAUGGAGGUCUUGUAGUUGGGAUCAUGUUUUAGGAUGGUACAACAAUAAUUUGAGGGGUGUUGGGUUUAUGAAGAAGCUAAAAAGAAUGGUAUUGUCUGGGACUGUCUACUGGAUAUGGAAGGAAAGAAAUAUGAGGAUUUUUCAGCAAAAAACCCGUAGUCCUGAUCAACUGGUCAGAGAAGUGAAGAUUUCUUUGCUCUUAAAAGUUCUAAAUGAAGAUAUUCCUGAACACUUGAGAGAUAAAAUAGGGAAAUUGUAA